UGUGUAUGUGGUUGGAUUUGUGACAGGCUGGUGGAGAAGGGCAGGAACAACCUCCAAUGUUUUUAUGUGUCUCCAUGGCAGCAAAGGUUUCAGCUCUAAACACCUGUUGUCUGAUGGUAUUGUCCAGCACUUUCAAACUGGGGCCGAGGAUUGGUUUGUGCUGACCACACCACUCAGCCUUGGAGAAUUACAGAGUAUCGUGGUAUGGCACGACAACUCUGGUGAAAAUCCUGCAUGGUUUCUGAAACAGAUUGUGGUUCGAGACAACCAAACAGAUAAGAUAUGGCAUUUCUUGUACAAUGACUGGCUGGCUGUCGACCGAGGGAUUGGGCAGAUCAAGGUAGAAAUUCAGGCAUUGACCCCGGAGGACCUUGUACAAAACUCGCUCUAUCAGUUUGGUAUCCAGUCUAGUAAAGACCUACAGAACAACCACCUUUGGAUUAGUAUCAUCUCAUGUCCAGCCUACAGCCCCUUUACCCGUGUACAACGCCUGUCCUGUGCACUGUCCCUUCUCCUGAUGACCAUGUUGACCAGUCUCAUGUUCCAUGGGAUACCAACAGACGAUCCUGCUGACCAGUUGAAUUCUGGCGGCAUCACACUGUCUCUGUCCGACAUCAUCAUUGGAAUAGAGAGUGGUCUCAUCAUGUUCCCUAUUAACAUUAUCAUCAUGCAGUUGUUCACUAAACUAGAACCUAGACCUUCGGCUCUAGCCAGAGGGAAAAGUUCUCUGGCUGACUGUCCCAAGGAAGAGGACAAGUCCUUUGGACUUCAUACCAGUAAGAGCAAAGGCAAAAAAGAGCAGAAAAAGCCCUUCCGGUUUCCCUGGUGGGUGGUAUAUAUUGCGUGGACAUUGGUUCUGUCUGCCGCCUUGAUUUCUUCCUACUUUGUCAUGUUGUAUGGUCUGAUGUACGGCUACCAGAAGUCCAUUGAAUGGCUUGUGUCAUUCUUUACCGCAUUCUUCCAGAGUGCUUUAGUCACCCAGCCUCUCAAAGUGUUCAUGUUUGCAGUGCUCAUCGCCUUCAUAUUUAAGAAACCCGUUGAAUUUGAAGCUCUUACCCGGAGGGACAACUUGAAGCUUAACCAUGAUGAGGAUUAUUGCCAAACGGAACUGUUGAAGAGGCAGGGGAUAACGCUGUCCUCCGUAGAACCAGUGAAACUGGCAGUGCGCGCGGCCAUGCCUAGAAAGGCAUUACAAGCCAUCAGGGAGAGGCUCCAACUGGAGGAGCACAUCACUACCAUCCUUAGGGAGAUGAUCAUGUAUUUUACCUUUGUGGCUAUCGUGCUGUUCAUGGUGCAUGGCCAUCAGGAUGUGACCACCAACUACGGUGCCACUAAGACUACAGAAGACAUGUUUGUGCAUGGAACCUACACACGCGUCACUCUGAAACAGGUAAAGAAGGUUGAGGAUAUGUGGAAAUACCUACAAGAUACAGCUGUACCUAUGCUAUACAGCAACAACACGGGAAUGAUGGCUAAUGGUGUUGGCUACUUGAUAGGAACUGCAAGACUACGACAAAAACGCAUAGAAAAGGGUAUAACAUGUUACAGAGUUGACACUCGCUUGUAUGCUUCGCUCUUUCCUGACCAAGAUUGUGAAGUGCCAUUUUCAACUGGUGAUGAAGAAUGGCGCCCAUUUAAUGCAUCUUGGGCUUGGCCACUCCCUGAAGCAGCUAAAUUUCCAACCAAAGACAGUGCUUGGAAAUAUCGUUCAUCAUUGGAACUAAAAACGCUUCCUUUUGUCGGAAGGUUCGCUUCCUAUUCUGGGGGAGGUUAUGUCACGGAGCUGCCAGCAGGCAGUGACGCUGCACACACUGCACUCAAUGACCUCAGGUCCCAGCACUGGGUUGACCAGUACACUCGAGCAAUUUUCUUGGAGUUCACUUCCUACAACCCCAAUGUUGAUCUGUUCACAGUGGCCGUUAUCAUAUUUGAACUAUCAAACAUAGGGAAUAUCAUGCCUUAUUAUCAAUUUUUCUCCUCCAAGCUGAAUCAUUAUGACUCUGACCUCGGUAUUUUUGUGGCUGUAUGCGAGUCACUUUUUCUGGUGUACCUGAUAGGUUUCACUUAUUUCGAAGUGAAGAAGUUCACAAAAUUGCGGAAAACUGAGUACUUCUCCGACUCCUGGAAUUAUAUGGAAAUUAUGAUCAUUGUGCUUGGUUAUUGUACUCUUGGGUUAUUUUUUCAGAGACUUGUUUUAGUGGACAGUGUUCUGUCGGAAUAUAGGAAAAAUGGACCCAACAAAUUCACUAGUUUCUACACCGCCGUGUUUUGGGACUUCGUUUUGACAUAUAUCAUGGCCGUUUUAGUCAUGUUAGUAAUUCUGAAAGUUUUCAAAUUAUUCCGCUUCAACACUAAUACAACCGUCCUUAUGCAAACGUUGGGGAAUGCGAGAGGGAGUAUGUUGAAUUUUGCAUUUUUGUUUUUCACUUGCUUCAUGGCAUUCGCUCUCUUUGCACACCUGGUAUUCGGUUAUUGGAUUGUAGACUAUAAAGAUGUGGGAAGCAGUAUAAUAACCCUCAGUAACUUUCUACUCGGUGUUUCAGACUACAACAAACUCGAACAGGCUAACUCUGUACUUGGACCCGCCUUCUUUUUCGUGUUUGCUUUCCUCAUCCAGUACAUUCUGUUGUCUGUGUUUGUAGCCAUCAUUCUAGAGGCCCAGAGUCUCUCUCGAAAGGCAGGUAAGAAUGACAUUGCCCUCACAAAGUUUGUCUGUGAGCGGUUCCUGCUUAUGAUAGGAUUCCUUCAACGAUCGGAUUACAAGUGAUGUUGACUAUUUUAAUUUAUUCAAUUCAAAUGGUGUACAUUUGAACAAUUAUGUUUAAUGUUUGCAAUAAGAUUAAAUUGUUUUUGUUCCUCUUUUCUUUGUUAAUAAAAUUACUGAAUUAUC